AUGCGAUUCAUCAACGUUCUUUUCGCUGCAACUAUUAUUGCAAUCGCGCAUGCGGAAGAACCUAUGCCUGAAUGGGAAGAUCCUGAUCGGAAUCGUAAAGUUCCAGUUGAGGAUGCUUCUGGACGCAUGGGAAUACUCUUAGUCUGCGAAGACCCUUGGUGGAAAAAUUGCGAGAACGUCACUUAUUUCCAAGACAAAUGCAUGGGACUCGGCCCAUAUAAUCUUGACAAUAAAAUGACCGGUUUCGAUACUUACUCGUACGGAUGCGAGUUUUACGGUCCUGGCCUAAGUACUACAGUUAUGAUCAUGCGCGAGGCACAACCACCCCCUUUCCCUCUUACGUCUGGAGAUCGGGGGAGCGAGAUUUCGCUUGGCUCGACUGCUAGCUGUUCUAUGCCAGCUGAUGAUGAUUCCCUCAUCCGCGCUCCGUCAAGCAAGAAACAAAAACCCCGGGCCGCCGCCGGGUCGUCGAAAACCACAUCGCAAAGAAAGAAAGGAAGAAAAUAA